UAGAGUAGAUUGAGGAAGCAUAGAUAAUGCUCACAUUCUUCACCUAAGAACAAAAACCCGAAAGUGAAAACAAUCUUUCAAGGUAUUAUCUCUAGACUCUACCCAAACGAGCACAGAUGAAGAAGGCCGUUGCUAUCUUCUUCUUCUCCUUCAUUUUCCUCUGUCAAAGUUGUAGGGUAUUUGCUGAUCGUGCUAGCUUUCCGCCAAGAGGUUGGAACUCUUAUGAUUCCUUUUGCUGGACAAUCUCAGAAGAAGAGUUUUUGGAGAAUGCAGCUCUCGUAUCACAGAAACUCAAAGCUCAUGGAUAUGAGUACGUUGUCCUCGAUUAUCUGUGGUAUAGAAAGAAAAUCAAUGGAGCCUACACUGAUUCAGAAGGAUUUGAUGUAAUUGAUGAAUGGGGAAGGAUGAUGCCUGACCCAAAUAGAUGGCCUUCAUCCAAAGAUGGGAAAGGUCUUUCUGAAGUGGCUAAGAAUGUUCAUAAUAUGGGUUUGAAGUUUGGUAUUCAUGUCAUGAGGGGUUUAAGCAAGCAAGCUUUCAAUGCAAACACACCCAUUCUGGAUAUUGACAAGGGAAGUGCUUAUGUUGAGGAUGGAAGGAUAUGGUAUGCGAAGGAUAUAGGUUUGACGGAGAGGGCUUGUGCGUGGAUGAGUCAUGGUUUCAUGAGUGUGAAUACGAAGCUCGGUGCUGGAAGAGCCUUCUUGAGGUCUCUUUAUCUACAGUAUGCAGAUUGGGGCAUCGAUUUUGUAAAACAUGAUUGUGUAUUUGGCGAUGACUUGGAUAUAGAUGAAAUAUCAACUGUAUCCGAGGUUUUAAGAGGAUUAAAACGUCCUAUAUUGUAUUCACUUUCUCCUGGAACCAGCGUGACACCAGCAAUGGCAAAACGUGUAAAUUGUUUAGUCAACAUGUAUAGAAUAACCGGGGAUGAUUGGGACACUUGGCUGGAUGUAGCAUCACACUUUAACAUUACAAGAGACUUCUCAGCUGCUAACAUGACAGGAGCAGCAGGUUUGCUCGGAAAGUCAUGGCCUGAUUUGGAUAUGCUACCUCUCGGUUGGCUCACAGAUCCAGGGUCUAAUGAGGGUCCACACAGAAAUGGAAGACUUACUCUAAAUGAGCAAAGAACCCAGAUGACUCUGUGGUCUAUGUCGAGGUCCCCUCUAAUGUUUGGAGGGGAUAUGAGAAAACUGGACAAAAACACACUUGCUCUAAUUACUCAUCCUACCCUCCUGGAAAUAAAUUCUUUCAGCUCAAACAACAUGGAGUUUCCAUACGUUACUGCCUCAAUUUCAAUCCAAUUUGGAGACCAAAGCAUGGAAAACACGAAUUUGGGAGAAAGACGUGUUUUCUCUUUAUCUAGCUGCACUAACGUUGAUGCAAAAAGCUGGACAUCUAAAUCCCUAGAUGAUGACACUUUACGAGUCUGCUGGAAUGAUGGAGGCUCGAGCGGUGAUGAGGAAGCUUUCUGUCUAUACAGGAGAAACCCGGACAUGGAAUUUGAGGAUGAUGAUGAGAAGGUGAUGAUGAAAGAGCGGUUAGAAGGAAAGAUGCAGUUGUUAGCACGGAAUCAAAUGGAUAUGUGCUUGAAUGCUUCUCCGAGGAGAAGAUUAUACUCCAAAGAGAUUGGAAGAGGUUCUUUUUCGCCUUGCAAAUGGGAUGCCAACCAGAUGUGGGAGUUGAACUAUGAUGGUACCCUAAGGAACAAUUACUCUGGACAAUGUGCCUCAAUGAGAACAAUAAAAGUUAAAGCAACUGCUGCUGCUGUUGGAGGGAUUCGUUCAUGGAUCGCGACAGGAAGAGACGGAAAGAUAUACUUGGCAUAUUUCAACUUGAAUAGUGAGAAGACUGUAAUGUCCACAAAAGUAUCAGAGGUGAUAAAGGCAGUAGGGUUGAGUAACAUUAAUGGUGGAGGGUGUUUUGGGAAAGAAGUAUGGAGCGGAAGCAACAUUGGUCCGAAAGAAGAAUCUAUAUCGGCAUUUGUGGAAAGUCAUGGAUCUGCUCUCUUUGUUUUGAACUGCGGUUAGUUUUCAUUUUCUUGUGGCUGCAUCACUGAUUAUAUAUAUAUCUCAAAUGAAAAGUAACAUCCUUUGUUGUUAUUAUAUAUGGCAACUUUCAAAAUUAAAUUUACUAUUAGAAAAAUGUUGAUCAAAUUGGAGCUGUAAAAAAGGUUCAAUUCAAGCCUC